AAAAUAUUAACUUUAAAACCAUGACCAGUAAAUUUGAAGAAACAGGGCUUAAGGAAGAGUUUUCAUGUGCUUCUUUUGGUGUAAAAGUUGGAUUAGCUCAAAUGCUCAAAGGCGGUGUUAUUAUGGAUGUUGUUAAUGUAGAACAAGCUCGUAUUGCAGAAGAAGCAGGAGCAUGUGCUGUUAUGGCUUUAGAAAGAGUACCAUCUGAUAUGAGAAAUUAUAGAGUAUCGCGUAUGUCAGAUCCUGAGAUGAUCAAGAAAAUUAUGGCAGCUGUCACUAUUCCAGUAAUGGCAAAAUCAAGAAUUGGCCAUUUUGUUGAAGCUCAAAUUCUCGAAGCUAUUGGAGUUGACUUUAUUGAUGAAUCUGAAGUUCUUACACCUGCUGAUGAUUAUCAUAUUAAUAAACAUGAAUUUUCAGUACCUUUUGUUUGUGGUUCUAGGAAUCUUGGCGAAGCUCUUCGUCGAAUUUCAGAAGGCGCAGCUAUGAUUCGUACCAAGGGAGAAGCCGGAACAGGAGAUAUAAUUGAAGCAGUUCGUCAUGCUCGCUGUACUAAUUCUUCUAUUAAAAAAGCGUCUACCUUAUCUGAUCAAGAGCUUUUCGUUAUGGCAAAAGAAAUUCAGGCACCUUAUGAACUGUUAAAAAAAACAGCUAUACUUGGACGACUUCCUGUUGUUAACUUUGCAGCAGGAGGUAUUGCAACUCCUGCAGAUGCAGCUUUGAUGAUGCAACUUGGUUGUGAUGGUGUUUUUGUGGGUUCUGGAAUAUUCAAAUCAGAAAAUCCUUUAAAACGUGCAUGCGCUAUCGUUCAAGCAGUAACACAUUACAAAGAUACUAAAAAAUUAGGUGAAAUUAGCAUGGGUUUAGGUGAAGCGAUGAUUGGGAUAAGUUGUAUGAGUAUUACCGAUGAUCAAAAAUUUUCUAAAAGAGGUUUAUAA